UCUUCCCGUCCUGUGAGCAAAGAGAGGGCAUUUUUUAUUAGGCCCAUUAUGGACUCGACUAACCCCACAAUGGAACAGGGGCACGAUAUAUCAGGACGGACUACUCCGAAAAAUUCCUAGGGUUUUCGACCCGUCCACAUUCGAUUUCGAAUCUUCAAAGUGAUAUUUCCCGAUGGCUAAAUCAUUUAACAAAUCAAGACGUGAUAAAACUUUAUCCGGGAUACUUUUAAGAUAUUCAGUACCACCCGAUAAUUCCUGUUUAUUUACAAGCGUAUACUUUGGAGUAUCCAAUGGAAAGUUCGACAAUUCCGCAUCUUAUUCACUGAGAGUAAUCAUAGCAGAUGCGGUGGCUGCGGACCCUCAGACUUAUAACGAAACUUAUCUCGAUCAAUCCAAUGAGAAUUAUUGCAAUUGGAUUCUUAAAGAAGAUUCUUGGGGAGGUGCCAUCGAACUCUCCAUCUUGAGUAAUUAUUACGGAAUAGAAAUCGUUGUGGUGAACAUCGUGUCUACCAGUCUUCAUAAAUUCGGCGAAGAUAAAAAUUAUUCGGAGCGUAUUCUAUUAAUAUACAACGGUAAUCAUUAUGAUCCUCUGAUGUUCCAACGUUUUGGAGACGAAGACGACAUUCAAACUUUAUUUCCAACUUCCAACGAAGAGUUUUUGAAUAUGGCUCUAGAAAUUGCUCGAGAGUUGAAAUCAACUGACUUUAAUUCCCGAGAAAGCAAUGAAGAAUUAAUUCUGAAGUGUUUUAUAUGCAAGAAAUUAUUCGAAAAUAAAACAGAAGUUACAUAAAGACUAAACAUUAUGCAUUUUGCAAUAUGAAGAUUAAUUGUUACAAUUGGACUUUCUAGUCUACA